AUGGCUGACCAAGUCGACAUUGCUGGCCUCAAAAUCGAGGAAAAACAUCUGGCUGAACAGAAAGUCACUCCUUGGGAGGUGGAAGGUGCCGUGGACGAGAAUGGCCUUGCACAGGGCAUCGACUACAAUAAGCUCAUUGAGUCAUUUGGAACGAGAAAAAUCACCGACGACGUGCUUCUGCGUUUCCAGCAGGUCACUGGUGAGGAGCCUCAUCCUUUCUUGAAGAGAGGUGUCUUUUUCUCCGAGAGAGAUUUGGCUAGAAUCUUGGAUUUGUAUGAGCAUGGUGAGCCUUUCUUCCUUUACACUGGAAGAGGUCCAUCCAGUGACUCAUUGCACUUGGGACACAUGAUUCCAUUCAUUUUCACCAAAUGGUUGCAAGAUGUAUUUGAUGUGCCAUUGGUGGUUGAGUUGACUGACGACGAGAAGUUCUUGUUCAAGCAGAAGUUGACUAUUCAGGAUGUUAAGAAAUUUGCUAAAGAGAACUGUAAGGACAUCAUUGCCGUGGGCUUCAACCCAGAAAACACCUUCAUUUUCUCCGAUUUGGAAUAUAUGAACCCUGCUUUCUACGAGAAUAUCGUGAGAACUUCAAGACAGAUCACUACGUCUACAGCUAAAGCCGUUUUUGGCUUUCAGGACUCCGACUGCAUUGGAAAGAUCCACUUUGCCAGUGUUCAGAUCGCCACGGCGUUCCCAUCUUCAUUCCCAGAUGUUUUGGGCUUGCCUCCAAAAACUCCCUGCUUGAUUCCAUGUGCAAUUGACCAGGACCCAUACUUUAGAGUAUGCAGAGAUGUUGCUGACAAGUUGAAGUUCUCCAAGCCAUCUUUGAUCCAUGCUAAGUUCUUCCCAGCUUUGCAGGGUGCAUCCACCAAGAUGUCUGCCUCCGAUACCACCACAUCCAUCUUCAUGGACGACACUCCCAAGCAGAUCCAGAAGAAGAUCAACAAGUAUGCAUUUUCAGGAGGAAGAGCUACCUUGGAGGAGCACAGAGAGUUGGGAGGAAAUGUGGAGGUGGAUGUUGCCUACCAGUACCUUUCCUUCUUCAGCCAUGACGACGAGAAGUUGAAUGCUUUGGCUGAAGGCUACAAGAAGGGAGAGAUUAUGUCUUCCGAAAUGAAGAAAGAGUGUAUUGCUGUUUUGCAGGAGUACGUUGGAGCCUAUCAGGAGAGAAGAAGUAAGGUUGAUGCCGAAGUUCUUGAUUCCUUCAUGAAGCCACACAAGUUGGUAUGGGGUCAGAAGGAGAGAAAGGUUGCUGUGAAGGAGAGAGUCAAGGCAAAGAAGUAG